UUGCAUUUUCUCUUUGGUGUUGCCGCAAAGCAAAAGACAUCUUUUGUGUGGAUUCCAAGUACAUCAAAUUAAAAUUAGUAAGUUUUUUUACUAUUUAAAGGUUUUCGAAGCUGCGUAUCAUUCCGCGAACAGUUAUGAGAAGAAUUUCGCCAAUGCGAGGCGGUAGACGGUUUGGGUCUCCUAGACGAAGAUCCCGCCAUCGUUCGGUUAGCCCGAUCGCCAUGCCUAUUCCUCCCGGUUUAGAUGACCUUAGCAUUCUCCCAAAAUGGAGUCACCAGAGGCCACCGGAAAGACAGCGUCCAAGAAGCCGUUCCCGAGAGAAAAUGCCUCGACCUAGGGAUCGAUCCAGGGAAAGGCAGAGAGAUAUAGAUAGGAAGGAUAAGCACCAGAGUGGAAAGCAUUUACGAGAUCGUAAUCGUGAACAUCCCCAUUUUCAAGAUAAUUUUCGCCCUUUUAAAGAAGAAAUUCCGGGUGUGGAUAUGGAGGAGUCUUAUUUAGAUGGUCAACCUAUUAAUUUUCAUUCGAACUUCAAUGGGCCGGUUUCACUUUUGCAUGAUGUACAAGGUUCAGGGCCUAGUGGAAUCCCGAAUCGUCGUGGUAGAAGUCCUCGACGAAGUCCUAUUCGACAUCGUCCUAGGAGAAGCCCAAAUCGAGGUCGCCCAAGUCCUGUCCGGACCAGUCCCAAUGCUUUAUUGCAACCAACUGAGAAAAAUGAGAAUGUUGAUAGAAUUGACCGACUUGAGAAGCUAGUGGAAAAACUUGUGCAAGGAAAUGUGACCUCAAAUAACCCAAGCUUGAUGGAUUCUGGAACAUCAAGGAAUGAGAAUGGUAUACCAGAGCUGAUUCCAAGCAAUACAAAAUUUACAACUUCAAUGUGGCUAAACAAUUUGCACCAAGAAUGCCUUGAUCGUAAUUAUAACGAAAAAUUAUGCAUUAAAUAUGUGCAAAAUAAAAUGACAGGUAUUAUGAAGGCAUGGUUUAAGACUGUAUCUACAUAUGAUUUUACUUGGCCCGAAUUGAAACUACUCAUUACAAAAACGUUUCCAGAUAACGUGGACUUUGCUCAAACGUUGAGGAUGUUGGUUCAGAGGGAAAAGUUUUCGGAGGAAACCAUAACCCAGUAUUUUUUCAGUAAAAUGUAUUUGUGCGAAGCAUGUAAAAUUACUGGAGAAAAUGCAGUUUCUUGCUUGAUUGAUGGUUUGCCGAACCCAUUCAUGAAACAAGAUAUGCAGGCCUACAACUUCUUGACACCUGAAAGUUUAUUUGCUGAAUUGUUGCUUAGAUUCCAUAAUAAUGAUAAAGUUGGCCCUUCAAAUAGGGAAGUUGAGACUUAUGAGGGAAGUUUGAGAGAUUUUCGCAAGGAAGAAGACAAUCGAGGGCAGCCCAGUUUUAAGAACGAGGGCGGCAGGUGUGCAACAUGCAAAAAAUUUGGUCACUUUACCGUUGAUUGCAGACACGCGCCCAUAUGCUACAAAUGUAAGAAGAAGGGACAUAUUGCUGCCAAAUGUGCGUUUGUCGGUCUUUUAAAUCAAAAAGAUUCUAAAAAUUGUGGUUAUUUAAUAAUUUGUGAAGUGAAUGGAUUGAAACUGCAAGGUCAAGUGGAUACUGGAUGUGCUGUUGUGACUGUGCAAAAAGGUGUUGCAAAGAAGCUAUGUUUGGCGAUUUCCCCUUCAUCAAACGUCCUCACUGGAUAUGGGGGUGGGAUCAUAAACGUAAUUGGAGAGGCGCGAGUUAUUCUUAAAGUGGACGGUACAGAAAAGCUGACUUCUGUUUUAAUUGUUCCUGACAAACAUCAGGAGUUUCCUUUCAUUAUUGGACGCGAUUAUUUGGAUCAAGAUGGAGUUGCAGUACUGAUUGAGGGCAAAAAACUGAAGGUUUUACACAAGGAUAAGCUUGAUCCUUCAAAACUGCAGUCAGCGAAUAUCAUCAUUGGUGAUUAACAAAGGUGACAUAAUUAUGUCAACCAAAUCACAUAUUGUGGCUGACAACCGCAGUAGAACACAUUUGGGAUCAUCAUGACCAUUUGCGACUUUUUUAAUUUUAUCAUAUGGUGUGACGCGACAUCCUAGAUUUUAUGAAACCGUUUUUUUUUUUGUGAGUUAUUUGGAAAAUAAAUUUUCGCAACAUAAAAUUAGUGCCAGCUUAUUUUUAUGCAUGAUCCAGCACGAAACAUUUACGCCAAUUUUUUUGGUUAGUUUUUCGAAUCCGACCAGUCAAACGGUAAGAUUUAUUUUAAUCCAUAUUUGUAUUAGCUACAUAAAAUUUGUUUAUUCACAAAUUGUUCAUAAUCACAAGAUUUAAAUUCUGUUUUUCUUAUCUUAUUCAAUUAGCUAAAUAAAACACGUGAUACUCAACUCAACAAUGAUUUCUUUAACAAGAAAUAUACCAAGUUAACAAAAGUUAUAUUGGAUGCCCAUGAUUUAAGCUAUUAAUAGAUCCAAAUACUGCAAGUCAUUUUAUAUUUAUUUAUUUAUCCACAAGUUCUAUUUUAUCAUCACCGAUAGUCAUAUUUCCACUUACCACCAGGUUUGUCAUAUAAGUGGUUACUGAGAAGUUGAUGUUUAAACCCCCCCAGAACACACUUCCUGGAGGGAGGUGUUGGUGUGCUAGUGCAGUUGUAUCGUCAUAGUUGCGUUUUUGUAUUAAUCUCGGACUAGUGUAUCGAAACUUCUUAAAAGAUUAGCCGUACAACUGAAUACAUUAUUGCAGGAUAUGGUAUCUCUAUGUUGAGGAUAUGUUCAUUGUCUGAAAUGGAACCAAUGAAUAGGCCUUUGUCAAUUACCUUAAUUCGUUACAUCCAUCUGUUACUCGUAUAAGUGUUUCUGUAGAUGCACACACCGGACAGUACUUAAAUUUUGAGGCCGACUAUUCUGGAGCAACCAAGCGGGGAAUAAUUAAAACCAUUUGCAAAAGAGCAUUGACGCA